GACUCCGUCCUUCCCGCAGCGGCCGCGGCGCGCAGGGCACUUGGGUUAGUGGCGCGGCGGGCAGCGCGGACAGCGGGGCCGGACGCCCGCUCCCGCCGCCAUGGUCAUCAAAACGGACGAGUUGCCGGCGGCCGCCCCGGCCGACGGCACCCGGGAGCCCAGCUCGCAGGCCGGUGGCAAGGGGCGGCCGGGCGCGGCCGACACAGCGAGAGAAGGAACACAAGCAGGGGGAGUGGGAGAGGGAGAAGCAGGCUUCCUGCGGAGCAAGGAUCCCGAUGCGGGGCUCGAUCCCAGGACCCCGGGAUCAUGACCUGAGCCGAAGGCAGACGCUCAACGACUGAGCCACCCAGGCACCCCCCUGGUUUUUUCUUGACGUGGCUUGGCCGCCUGUCUCCUCCGGGUCCUGGGGCAGCUGGCUUACUGGCCUCUGGGGCCUCUGUUUCCUCAAGUGAGAUGGGCCAGUUGAGCUGAUGGAGGGACUUGCUGUGGGAUGGACCUAGAGCAAGCACAGGCUUUCUGGGAACCAGAAUGGAGAUGGACGGUAGAUGCUGCUACUCACAGGUCACUCACUGCCAGGCUGCUGUGGCCCACCCCCUUUUCCAGCGGGUUAGCGUGUGUUUGAGAAGAGGGCAGGAUAAGAGGAGCUCUGCCUGGGUCCGGCCCUUCUUACCAUCUGCUGCAGAGCUGCCGUCAGUCAUGCUACUGAAUGGGGACUGUCCAGAGGGUCUAAAGAAGGAAGAAAGGGCUGCCGAGCUGUCCCGGGAAAAUGGUCUGGAUGAGGCCGAGCCGGGAGAGGAGACGACUGGACAGGAAGUCAUUGUCAUUCAGGACACAGGCUUUUCUGUGAAGAUCCUGGCACCUGGGAUUGAGCCCUUUUCCUUACAGGUGUCCCCCCAGGAGAUGGUACAGGAGAUCCACCAGGUACUGAUGGACCGCGAAGACACAUGUCACCGCACGUGCUUCUCACUGCACCUGGAUGGCAACAUGUUGGACCAUUUCUCAGAGCUGCGCAGUGUCGAGGGGUUGCAGGAGGGCUCGGUGCUACGUGUGGUGGAAGAACCGUACACAGUCCGUGAGGCCCGCAUCCACGUGCGCCAUGUCCGGGACCUGCUCAAGAGCCUUGACCCAUCCGAUGCCUUCAACGGGGUUGACUGCAACUCCUUGUCCUUCCUGAGCGUCUUUACUGAUGGCGACCUGGGAGACAGCGGGAAGCGGAAGAAAGGCUUGGAGAUGGACCCCAUUGACUGCACGCCACCUGAGUACAUCCUUCCAGGGAGCCGGGAGCGGCCACUGUGUCCCCUGCAGCCCCAGAACCGUGACUGGAAGCCCCUGCAGUGCCUGAAAGUGCUCACCAUGAGUGGCUGGAACCCGCCCCCUGGGAACCGCAAGAUGCAUGGGGACCUCAUGUACCUGUUUGUGAUCACAGCCGAGGACCGGCAAGUCAGCAUCACGGCGUCCACGCGGGGCUUUUACCUGAACCAGUCCACAGCAUAUCACUUCAACCCCAAGCCUGCCAGUCCCCGCUUCCUCAGCCAUUCCCUGGUGGAGCUGCUCAACCAGAUCAGCCCCACCUUCAAAAAAAACUUUGCUGUGCUGCAGAAGAAAAGGGUCCAGCGCCACCCCUUCGAGAGGAUUGCCACCCCGUUCCAGGUGUACAGCUGGACGGCCCCCCAGGCAGAGCAUGCCAUGGACUGUGUGCGUGCGGAGGACGCCUACACCUCCAGGCUGGGCUAUGAGGAGCACAUUCCUGGACAGACCCGGGACUGGAACGAGGAGCUGCAGACGACAAGGGAACUGCCCCGCAAGAACCUGCCUGAGCGGCUGCUUCGAGAAAGAGCUAUAUUCAAGGUGCACAGCGACUUCACAGCCGCGGCCACGCGGGGUGCCAUGGCGGUCAUCGAUGGCAACGUGAUGGCCAUCAACCCCAGUGAGGAGACCAAGAUGCAGAUGUUCAUCUGGAACAACAUCUUCUUCAGCUUGGGCUUUGAUGUUCGCGACCACUACAAGGACUUCGGUGGGGACGUGGCGGCCUACGUGGCACCCACCAAUGACCUGAACGGCGUGCGCACGUACAGCGCGGUCGACGUGGAGGGGCUGUACACGCUGGGCACGGUGGUGGUGGAUUACCGGGGCUACCGCGUCACAGCGCAGUCCAUCAUCCCGGGCAUCCUGGAGCGGGACCAGGAGCAGAGCGUCAUUUACGGCUCCAUUGACUUCGGCAAGACGGUGAUGUCGCACCCUCGCUACCUGGAGCUUCUGGAACGUACCAGCCGGCCUCUCAAGAUCCUGAGGCACCGGGUGCUCAACGACCGCGACGAGGAGGUGGAGCUCUGCUCCUCCGUGGAGUGCAAGGGCAUCAUUGGCAACGACGGGCGCCACUACAUCCUCGACCUGCUGCGCACCUUCCCCCCCGACCUCAAUUUCCUGCCCGUGCCCGGCGAGGGGCUGCCCGAGGAGUGCAGCCGCGCCGGCUUCCCCCGCGCCCACCGGCACAAGCUCUGCUGCCUGCGCCAGGAGCUGGUGGAUGCCUUCGUGGAGCACAGGUACCUCCUCUUCAUGAAGCUCGCUGCCCUGCAGCUCAUGCAGCAGAAGGCCAGCAGGAUGGAGAACUCCACCUCGCUGGAAAACGGUGACUGCCCGUCCUCGGGAUCUAAGCCCGAAGAUCCUCCGGGACCCGAGGCAGGACGUGGGGAGGAAAGUGGCAGUGCCAGCGGCCUGGCCGAGGUGAAGGAGCUGGCGGAGACCAUCGCCUCGGACGACGGGACAGCAGACCCUCGGAGCCGGGAGGUGAUCCGCAACGCGUGCAAGGCAGUUGGCUCCAUCAGCAGCACGGCCUUUGACGUCCGCUUCAACCCUGACAUCUUCUCACCAGGGGUUCGCUUCCCAGAGUCCUGCCAGGAGGAAGUUCGGGACCAGAAGCAGCUGCUGAAAGACGCCGCUGCCUUCCUGCUCUCCUGCCAGAUCCCUGGCUUGGUGAAGGACUGCAUCGACCAUGCGGUGCUGCCCAUGGACGGCGCCACGCUGGCUGAGGUGAUGCGUCAGCGGGGCAUCAACAUGCGCUACCUGGGCAAGGUGCUAGACCUGGUCCUCCGGAGCCCGGCCCGAGAGCAGCUGGACCACAUCUAUAAAAUUGGCAUCGGAGAGCUCAUCACCCGCUCUGCCAAGCACAUCUUCAAGACAUACUUACAGGGAGUGGAGCUCUCGGGCCUCUCAGCUGCCAUUAGCCACUUUCUGAACUGCUUCCUGAGCUCCUACCCCAACCCCGUGGCCCACCUGCCCGCCGAUGAGCUAAUCUCCAAGAAGAGGAACAGGAGGAGGAGAAACCGGCCCCUAGGGGCGGCAGAUAACACAGCCUGGGCUGUCAUGACCCCCCAGGAGCUCUGGAAGAACAUCUGCCAGGAGGCCAAGAACUACUUCGACUUCAGCCUUGAGUGCGAGACCGUGGACCAGGCUGUGGAGACGUAUGGCCUGCAGAAGAUCACGCUGCUGCGGGAAAUCUCCCUGAAAACCGGUAUCCAGAUCCUGCUGAAGGAGUACAGCUUCGACAGCCGCCACAAACCCGCAUUCACUGAGGAGGAUGUGCUCAAUAUCUUCCCCGUGGUCAAGCACGUCAACCCAAAGGCAUCGGACGCCUUCCACUUCUUCCAGAGUGGGCAGGCCAAAGUACAGCAGGGCUUCCUGAAGGAGGGCUGUGAGCUCAUCAAUGAGGCCCUGAACCUGUUUAACAACGUGUACGGAGCCAUGCACGUGGAGAUCUGCGCCUGCUUGCGCCUCCUUGCUCGUCUCCACUACAUUAUGGGCGACUACGCCGAGGCCCUGAGUAACCAACAGAAGGCAGUGCUGAUGAGCGAGCGAGUGAUGGGCAUCGAACACCCCAACACCAUCCAGGAAUAUAUGCACCUGGCCCUGUACUGCUUCGCCAGCAGCCAGCUGUCCACGGCCCUGAGCCUGCUGUACCGCGCCCGCUACCUCACCCUGCUCGUGUUCGGGGAGGACCACCCCGAGACGGCACUGCUGGAUAACAACAUCGGGCUGGUGCUGCACGGGGUGAUGGAGUAUGACCUAUCACUGCGCUUCCUGGAGAACGCGCUGGCCGUCAGCACCAAGUACCACGGGCCCAAAUCCCUCAAGGUGGCCCUCAGCCACCACCUCGUGGCCCGGGUCUAUGAGAGCAAAGCCGAGUUCCGGUCAGCCCUGCAGCACGAGAAGGAAGGCUACACGAUCUAUAAGACCCAGCUGGGCGAGGACCAUGAGAAGACCAAGGAGAGCUCCGAGUACCUCAAGUGCCUGACCCAGCAGGCCGUGGCCCUGCAGCGCACCAUGAACGAGAUCUACCGCAACGGCUCCAGCGCCAACAUCCCGCCCCUCAAGGUGAGGCCCCCUCCGAGUGCGCUGCGCACCCGCGUGGAAGUUGGCUUUAGUGUUUUGCUUUUCAAAAUAAAUAACUCACUGUCGUGGCUCGGAAUUGACAAGUACAGCCCGUGCCAAAAAGACUUGGAGAAUCUGAAAGCCGAGGUGGCGCGGCGGCAACAGCUCCAGGAGGCCAGCAGAAACAGGGAGAAGGCUGAGGAACCCAUGGCCACCGAGCCUGAGCCAGCAGGGGCCUCAGAGGACUCAGCCUCCCAGCCCCGGGCCGCCAAGGACCCUUCUUCCCCGAGCUUGCAGGGGUAGAAAGGGAGAGACAGAUGGACAGUCAGCCGGCUGCCCCGUUACCCAGUGAUCCAGACUCCAGGAGAAGGGGGGCAUGCCCUGCAGAUCGGGAGAGGAAACAGGUCCCUCUUCUUCCAUGUUUCCAACCCCACCCCCACCCCCAAGCAUCCUCCUGGGACCCUGGCCUGCCUGCCCCCUCCCCAAAGACGUUUUUGCACUGGUUCAAUGAAUAUACGAUGCAGAGGCCUCAUUGAAGACACGUGGAUGGAGUGUGUGGGCAUCCGUUCCCAGCUGGGGGACCCCCCCAGCAGGUGUGUGCGAGUGUGUCCGUGCCCGUGAGUGUGUCGAUCCGUCCUUCCUAAUCUGUACAUAGCCCCACUUUGGUUCCGAGUGGAUGGCGUGAAGAUGACAUUUCUCAGGUCGCUCGUAUGUUUGACGUCAUGGCUGCUGCGUGUGCCGCCGCUGCCCCUCGGCCCAGCUUGGCCUCGAGUCCAGGUUUGACGCCAAAAAGGGGAGCUUUCCUGUGUCCUAGGGUGGGGAGCCGGAGCUCGGUGGCAGGGCCGGAGGGUGGGGGUGCACUUUAGCUCCGCAGCAAGGUGGUGACUGUGACCGGGCCUUGCGCUCGCGGCGGCGGGAGGGCGGCGGCGGCGGCUGCCCAGACACACACCUGUCCGCAGCCCUGGCUUGUCUGCCCCGGGGCCCGACAGGAGGGGCGGCCUCCCUGUCCCCCUGCCUCCCAGCUGGGGCCCACCCUGGGGGCUACGGUCCGAAUGUAUCCUCCCCCUUGUAACCUGAGCUGCCGGACGCACAGUGGGCACAGUGGGGCUGGGGUAGGCCCAGGGACUGGGGGACCCAGGGCUGAGUCCUGGACCCUGGUGGGGAAUUGACUAGAUACAGCAGUGAUGGCCACUUGGUGGUGGAGCCCAGCUCCCUACAUGGUCCUUGUCACACAAGCACCUCCUACGGAGGGGAGCUCUGGGGCGGCGUGGGGGUGUCCGCGAAAGGCGGUGGCUCCCGUGAGCCCCAGCUACUCCCUCUCCCGCUUCCUCUGUGCCUGCUGUCAGAGCCCUGAUGGGGCGGGGGGAGCGCCCCACCCGGUGGGCUGGAGGGACCUGUUCCCGGGCUGGGGCCUCUGCCGGGGGCUUUGCGGGGAGCUGCUUCUGGGUAUGGUCUGUCCACUUCCCUUGUUUCAAAGGCAGUGGGUGUGAGCUAGCAAGCGAAGCCUCCCCACCGCUGAUCAAGAACUUUUUCUUGUUUUUAAACCAUCACGUCUUCAUUUCACAUUGGAAUAAAGUGAGUUUUUGAAACCUGC